AUGGUGCCUAGAGCAUGCUACGAGUGUGGAGAUCCGGGUCACCUGAGGAGGACUUGCCCCAGACUUCGGGGUAAGGCGGUACAGCAGGGUCAGCAGCCCCAAACUCCGGCACCAGCUGCCCAGCCACCUAGAGGUGGAGGGCAUACGGGUAAAGGCCGUCCUAGAGGUGGAGGCCAGACAGGGAGAGAUUUGGGGAAUUUGGGUCAUGGAUUUGGAAUAAGGGGAAUGAGAAGAAGAGAUGGUGAGAUUUUGGGGUUGUUUGCGGGUGCUCCGCCGGUGGCGGCGAUUUCGGGCCGGCGAAGAUGGGCGGCGGGCGGCGGUUCUCUAAGAAGGGAGGAGAGAAUGAGAAGAGAGAGGAAGAAGAAAAGAAUUAUGGGGGAAAUGGCGCAAAAUGUCAGCAUUUUUAAGUCUUAA